AUGGCUUCCGUGAAGGCAUUUGUAGCCUCUGAUAUUCUUCUGGAGUUUUCCAGCUUCCUUGAGAGGGUAGUGCAGGACCUGACAGCAGAGGAAUGGGGACACCCGGAGAUUGGGGUUGCUGUCUCACGCUUGCGAGAGGUCCUAGAGUAUAACGCUCCUGGAGGAAGAUGUACUCGAGGUAUGAAUGUGGUGGCCUCCAUCCGGGACCUGUUGCCAUUGGCCAUGCAGGAUGUGGAGACCAUUGAGAGGGCUCUGGUGGUAGGCUGGUGUGUAGAGUUGAUGACAUGCUCCUUCAUGGUUACUGAUGACAUUAUGGAUAGGUCUGAGAAACGUCGUGGGAAGCCUUGCUGGUACAAGAAGGAGGGCAUUGGCCUUGAUGCUAUCAAUGACUCGGCCCUGAUUGAAUCAUGUGUAUAUCGACUCCUGAGGAAGUACUGCCACGGACAGCCCUAUUACCUGAACCUGCUGGAACUGUUUCUGGAGGCCUCCUACCAGACCGAGCUGGGGCAGGUACUAGAUCUAAUAAUUGCUCAGCAAGGGAAGUUGGAUCUAGCCCAGUACACAGAGACCAGGUAUAAAUCCAUUUGGAAAUACAAGUCAGCUUUUCUAUGUUUCUACCUGCCCGUCGCUGCUGCCAUGUUGAUGGCUGGAAUAGACCAGGAGGAAGAUUACAGAAAUGCCAAAACAAUCCUGCUGGAUAUGGGGGAGUUAUUCCAGGUGCAGAAUGACUACCUGGAUUGUUACGGAGACCCAAGCAUCACAGGGAAGAUUGGAACCGACAUCCAGGACAAAAGGUGUACAUGGCUGGUGGUAGAGGCAUUAAAAAGGGUGACUCCUGAGCAAAGGAAAAUCCUGGAGGAGAACUACGGCCAAGACGAUGUGGACAAGGUGCAGAGGGUAAAGAAUCUGUACGAUGAUCUAGACCUGACCACUGUGUACAGACAAUAUAAGGAGGAGAUUUACCAGAGAGUACAGAUUCUUAUCUCCCAGCAUGCAAAUGGGCUGUUCAAGGAGAUCUUCCUGAGCCUGGCACUCAAGAGUUGCAAGAAAGAUGUGUUUUCUCCUUCCUUACCAGUUGUCUGAGAAAGAAUUGAAUGCAGGCUGAGUAUUCCUGUACUUUAUAGUAUAUGAAUGGUCGCCUAUUAUCUGAUUGAGACUCUUCUGCAAACUUUCUUUGCACCCAUUAUGCUAAUUCAUAUCCUGGUUUACUGCUGCUUACUCAAAUAGAGACUUCCUUCUGUAUGCUUACCCGAAUGUUGUUAUCCAAAUACUAACUCAUGCUGCUAAUGGAUUCAUGUGAUACAUGAGAAAAACAACUU